AUGGAGAACUUAUCGAUGGAGGGAGUUUCUAUUUACGAAUUAGACAGCGAUGAUGACAACUACAACGAGAAUUUUCAAGAAGAGAUUGCGAAGAAGCACCGUUUUGAUCGUCUUCUUUUCCCACGUGACUUUCCUGGCGCGAAUUCGAAAGAAAGAAUGGAACAUCUUAUUUCAAUCACGGAGGAAGUUCCAGGUACAAAUGGUGGGGUGCGAAUAACGAAGGAAUCAGUAAACGAGAAAGGGUUCGGAAUGACGGUAGGCAGUGCACUAGCAGCGGAGCGAGAGAGAAUGCGAGAACUUUGGGGAGAAUAUGGAGACUUGCCCUACAAUCCAUUAGUGAGUCUCAAUUAUGCGAUGUGGAUCGGUGAUGAUCUCUUAGCGAGGCCUGUCGAUUACAGUUACGAUCGAGGGGAUAAUCCAGAAAAAGGAUAUUCGGAACUCGUACAGAUCGGCGACGGAAGCCUUCUCCCAGGCCUAGAAGAAGCUCUUCUGCUUAUGACUCAAGGAUCACAGCACUUUGUAAUUUGCCAGCCGCAGUGGGCGUACGGAAAAUGGGGGAUACUUCCACGAAUUCCUGGCAAUGCGGUUAUUGUCUUCCAAGUUUACAUUAAAUUUAUCACCUUCGAGAUCGAGGAUCGAUUUCGAAAAAUGCCGAUGAAGGAUAGAGCGAAAAUUCCGCUUCGAACAAUUCUAGCUACUUGCAUUAUGCUCAGAAGCCAGGCAAAGCAAAUGUUCGAAAAGGCAUCGGAAGUCAAAAGAAAGGUCAACAGAAGUACUGGCGAAGAAACAUACAAAAAGACCGGCUUAAACAUUGGGAAUUAUCAUGGAGCGGAGCGAAGUGGUGAACUUCUCAACUUGGCGGUGGACAUCUUGGAACGCGCGUGUUUGAAAAAUCUGGACGAAGAAAUUGAGAUGAGAAAGAUGAUGAUCAACCUGCACACGGAUGCCUGCCUUUCCUGGCGAAAAGCGAAGCCAAUUCUUUACAAAAAAGGAAUCGAGCAUGGCGAACGAUGUAUGCUGCACUUCGAAGAACUGAAAGAAAUUUUUCUGAGAGAUGAAGAUGAGGACCAAAAAAGAUUCAACGAAUUUUUGAAGUCAUUCUACAGCAGAUUGACAAGGACGAGACGCAAUUUGAUGGAGCUCUACUCGCGCGACAUUUUCAACUCGUUUGACGAUGCUCGAAGAAUGUACGAAUCGUUCCAAGAUGACCUGCACGACGAGGACCUUCCGUACAAAAACUUCAUCAAGACAGAAGACAAAGUGGUGAUGAAACGAAUGAACGACAAGAUAAACAAAAGAAAAGAGAAUUGGCUGAAACAACAAGCAGGACUGGACGAAUUUCUGGACGAAGAGGAUGAGUCUGUUCUGGCGCCAGCUGACCAGGCCGGAGCGAAAGGGGAUGAAAAAUUCAAGGUCACUCAAAUCAAUGCAAAGAAGUAUAACUUGGCGAAAAGCAUUGAAGAACUGCACCAAGAGGACGCUAUGGGAGCGCCUGAUAAUCUACCACCAGGCGGUAGUUAUACCUACUACAAGAACUUCAUCGACGACCUCGUCAGAGCUCCUGACAGAACGGGGCACCUGUUCUCUAAUCAUUACACGUCAAAAGUAGCGAUAAAGUUCAUCAUCGCUUACGCCGACUCUCGUGGAUUGAAGUCUUUUCUGCGAGUAUGCGAUGGUGAGAGAAAUCUCGUGGUAACAAAGGACGAAACGAAAGAAAGCUCACUUCUUGGCCGGGUCUAA